AUACGUGGAAAUGUGUGUGUGAGAAGGUGCAUCUUGAAGCAGGGUUUAGUUACAAUCGAUCUUGGGGGGAAAAUAUUGCCUAUGGUCCAAAAAUAAGGAGCAACUAUGUCCUUCUCUCAGUUCGGAUACCCCUACAGCACCACUUCACAGUUUUUCGUGCCCGCCAGCCCCAGCACGACCUGCUGCGAGGCCGCCCCCCGCUCCGUGCCGGAUGCCUCCUCGGCGCCGGCCGCUGCCUCCCUCUGCUGCGCCCCGUACGAGAGCCGGCUGCUGGCGCCCGGCCGCGCCGAGCUCAAUGCGGCGCUGGGCAUGUACGGUGCCCCGUACGCCGCCGGCCAGGGCUACGGCAACUACCUGCCCUACAGCGCCGAGCCCGCCGCGCUCUACACCGCGCUGAACCCCCAGUAUGAAAUCAAGGACGGCACCGGCACGUUGCACUCGGGAAUCGCGCAGCCCGCUGCCUACUACUCCUACGAUCAUUCCUUGGGGCAGUACCAGUACGACAGGUACGGGACGGUGGAUUUCAGCGGUUCGGCCAGACGCAAAAACGCAACGCGGGAGACGACGAGCACCCUCAAGACCUGGUUGUACGAGCAUCGCAAAAACCCCUACCCUACCAAAGGAGAGAAGAUCAUGUUGGCCAUCAUCACCAAAAUGACCCUGACGCAAGUGUCUACGUGGUUUGCUAACGCCAGACGGAGGCUCAAGAAAGAAAACAAAAUGACCUGGUCUCCCAAGAACAAAGCGGGAGAAGAGAGGAAAGAAGAAGCCCCGCGGGAAGAGGAGGAAUACAGCGCGGAGAGCGAGGGCAGAGAGCAGAAGAGCUGCAAGGAGGACAAGGAGCUGCGGUUCAGCGACCUGGACGACCUGGAGGAGGAGGAGGAGGAGGCGGGGAAGCCGGAGAAGGGCCGGGCCAGCUCCCUGCAGGAAGCCCCCGGCCUCGGCGCGGCGCUGCCCGAGGCUCGGCGGAGCGACUGCAGUCUGCCCGGCCCCUUCCGCGCCUUUCCCUGCGCCAAGGCCCCCGCCGCGGACUUCGCCCCGACCGGCCCGCCGCCGCCCUACGCGCCCGCGGAGAAGCCGCGCAUCUGGUCGCUGGCGCGCACCGCCGGGGCCAGCGCGGCGCGCAGGGGCAGCCCCGAGGGCCGCGGCGCGGAGGGAGGCGGCGGCGCGGCGGGGGAGCAGCCCCUGCCCGCCAAGGCUUUCCGGAGCUCCGCGUUCAACCUGCAGCCGCUCCCGCGAAGCUGCGCGUCCCACCGCGGCCUGGGGGAGCCGUGCCAGUACGCGGCGGCGGGCGAAGGCUUCGGGCGGGGCGGCAAGGGCGGCCCGGGAGGCGCCGAGCUGGGCGGGACCUGCCUGGACCGGCUGCGGACGGCGUUCCGGCCGGUGCUGCGGAGGUGAGGGCCGCCCACCCCUUCCCGAGCGCUGGCGACGGGGCUCCGGCUGCAGCGAGGCUCUCGGCUUGAAACAACGAAAGGAAGCUCUCCCCGGCCCGGCGAGGAGCUGCCCACCCCACCGGCCCGGCCCGCGGCCCUGCCGGCCUUGCCCUCGCCGGGGAGCGGCCCGCCGCGGCGCAGCGUGCUGCUCACAUGGGGCCGAGGCGCAGACCGGCGCCCCCCGGCCGCCCAUUCGCCGCUCGUUCAACACCCGUGAUCGACGUCUUUGCCAAAAAAAACCAACAACCCACCAACAAAAAAAAGCAAACAAGAAAGACUAAUCUUUCUCUGACCGCCCCCGCCCCCCCCCCCCGACGUGGUUUGUUUUCCCCUUCCCUGCCGCCCCUGUCCCCCGCUCCGCCGAGGUGCGGCCGCUCCGCGCCGUGCCCGGGAGGCGGCGCAGGUUACGCCGGGCCGUUGUACUUCCCGUCGCUGUACACAGAUACCGCUGACAGUAUUUUUCCGAGUCUGUAAUUAACACGGAUGAGCUGACCGCCGCGAGGCCGUCCCGUGACCCAUGGAGCUCUGCAGCCCCGAGCCGGAGCGGCCCCCGGCCCCGGGCACCCGCCGCCCGCCCCGGGGCACGGCCGGGGCACCCCCGGGCAGCGGGUGGCAACCGGGCGGCGAAGUAGGACGUUGUUAGUGGGUCACCGCCGUCAGUCAGUGAAAAGAGCAGCGCUGCACUUUACAGGACAGACAAGAAAGGGAAACCGUAUCUCUGCAUUAUUUCUGUUUAAUUAAAAGUGUCAUCAAACACUUUGUGUUGAGACUAAUAAACCAAGCAGGGAUGAGGAAAGAA